AUGACGGACCCCGAGGAGCACCAGAGGCAGCUGAAGAGGAAGCAGAAGAACCGGGCUUCUGCUCAGCGCAACCGGCAGAAACACAUGGACAAGGCGGACAUGCUGCAUCAGCAACACGAGUCCCUGGAGAAGCACAACAAUGCCCUUCGGAAGGAGAUCCUGCUCCUGAAAGAAGAGCUGGCGUGGUUGGACCGGACCCUCCGCCAGCACCUGCACCAGUACUCCAUGGACCCCGCUUCUCCCUCGGCUCCUCCGGGGAGCCCUGUGCCCCAGAGCUGUGAGGGGCAGUCCAGUGUCUUCCAGGCCUCAGCCUCUCCACACCCAGCUCAGAACAUCACAUCAACUCUGCAGCCUCAUCAAACCUCAGGCCUUGUGGCCCCUCUGUCUUCACAGUCACUGAAGGUCACUCCAACAAUCCCUACUCCUCCUGGCCAGCUGUCCGCCAGCUCGGUCCUGCCCCCUCCCCCUGCCAUCCCCAGCCUGCUGGGGCCUUCCUCAGAGUUCAAAGACCCCUUGUUCAGCCCCGUAUACCACAGCCCUGGGCCUCCCUUGGAGCUUGUUCCAGGGGGCCUUGAUUACUACCUCACAGAGUGGCAAAGGCCAAGGGUGGAUCCUUGUCCCGACUUUCUCCUGACCUUGGAGAAGGAUGGGAAGUCCAGGCUGGGUCUUGAUUUCCCCCCUACAGAUUGA